AUGGCACCCCGCCUCACCCGAUCGGUAGGCGUACAUCAUCACCAUCGUCCUGAUCUUGGUGGUAGCACAGUAGUGCCCAUUUUCCAUAGUGUUCCCGUGCUUCAUGCUCAUGCGUGGACAGUGCUCGCGCCCGUGAAGAUCAUCUCAGCCGCAUUGCUGGGCUGGUGUUUUGUUUUCUUUGGUUUCCAAUUCCAAAAAGAAAC